GCUGAAUGCUGUCCACUGCCAGCUGGCGCAGAGCAAUCAGCAGCUACGUCUGCUGAAUGCUGUCCACUGCCAGCUGGCGCAGAGCAAUCAGCAGCUACGUCUGCUGAAUGCUGUCCACUAUCAGCUGGCGCAGGGCAAUCAUCAGCUUUGUCUGCAGCAGAACUUGAUCCUCCGUCUGCAACAGCAGAUUCGUCACUGCCUCUGGCAGCACGAUGCGGACUUGACCCGGAUCUCGAAGCUUGUGGAAAAGCUCUCGGAGUCUGAGUGCCGCAAACAUAUGCUGCCGAGGAGCCUCUGGAAGCCAAGGGCGGGCCUCUGA